GCUAAGCCUUUUACAAGGAGGGCAUGACUUUGGCUCAUUACAGAUGAUUUGACAGUUAUUUGAGAGCCUGUUGGACCGAAGACGGCUUCUCUUCAAAUAUCAAAUACAAGUAACGGCCUCCCAGGAUUUCUCUUGAAUCAACCAUCUCAAAGUCUUAUUAUUACUUCUAUCGUAGACCACAUCCAACUCAAAUUUAGCAACAAUGCGUGCUCAGUACCUUAUUCUUGCCGCCAUUGGCCUCGUAGCUGCCGCCCCUCUCGACGUCAGAGGAGCAGAUGCAGAAGCUGAAGCUAUCCCCUUCUACCCAAAGAGGGGAGCUGAUGUUGAGGAGGAGGCAAUUCCCUUCUACCCUAAGCGCGGAGCCAACGCCGAAGCUGAGGCCAUCCCUUUUUACCCUAAGCGAGGAGCAGAGGCGGAGGCUGGAGCCAUCCCCUUUUAUCCCAAGAGAGGCGCUGAUGCGGAAGCCGAGGCCAUUCCUUUCUAUCCCAAACGUGGUGCUGAUGCUGAAGCUGAAGCCAUUCCUUUCUAUCCUAAGAGAGGCGCGGAUGCCGAGGCCGAGGCUAUUCCGUUCUAUCCCAAGCGCUCUGCCGAUGCAGAGGCUGAAGCAAUCCCCUUCUAUCCUAAGAGAGGCGCGGAUGCCGAGGCCGAGGCUAUUCCGUUCUAUCCCAAGCGCUCUGCCGAUGCAGAGGCUGAAGCAAUCCCCUUCUACCCUUAAGUAGGAGGUCCAUGUGGCGUACUCUCAGUGCAAUGCACGAAGUGCCGAGCUGAGACACGGAACGCGCGUUGGAGGUCUUGGCUCAGGUGCUUUCGUUUAUCAUAGCUUGGACCUGAAGAGGCGUGAUGGACCUGUAGAGUAGAAUCCUAGAGCUGGGAGGAUUAGGAUUACUAGGAUACGCUCAUUACCUUAUUACAUGCCGCAAUUGAAACACUCAAUUAACAACCGCGUUCCCCGAGGUGAUGUAUCUUAACUAUUUUCCUUCUUGCCAUUUUCGAUUGAUACUUCAGAGAAUGAAUGUACGUGGCACUAGUCGAGUUGAUUCUACUGCUACGAUGCCAUGCUGACGGCUGGUUUAUCUUCGUAAGGUACUUACGGUGGUCAUUCGCGGCCAAGCAAAGCUUGAAUGCUAUGGCUUUCGAACAACAGUC